AGAGAAAAUGGCUUUUAUGCAGAUUGAUGCAGGAUAUUUGGAUGGAUUGUUUCAAGAACUCGGAAACUUGCUGCAACACCCAAUUAUCCGAGGAAAUCAAGAAAUUCUCGCCGAGGUAAAUGAUAUACUUGACGGGGCUUAUGUACCACCGGUGCUCGCCGAGCAAGAAAUGGAUGACCUCUGGAAUGCUUAUGAGGAUAUUCAGCAGGACUUGAAUAUUUUGAUGCAAAGAGUCGGAGAAGAAGAGUUUGAUUUGAGGCUUGAAAAUUUUUAUGAGGAUUUGGCUAAUUUAGAGGACAGGAUUGAGGUGGUCGAGAUGGAACGAGGCAUUUUUAAUAAUUGAUUAAUGUUUUUUUUUUGUUGUUAAUUGGAAGUUUUACAUGUGAAUAAAUUUUGAUUAAACUC